GGUUGAGAGACGGUCGCGAGAGAUGGCGGGUCAGUUGACUGAGACGACUGAACAUGAGGGAAAGGAGAAAGUGAAUGGCGGAGUAACAAUCAAGCGCGGGCGGGGAGAAGAUUGAAGGAGAAGAAGAGGAGCGAGCAGCAGCGCGGGUGGGGAACUUCAUCCCACCGGCCCGAAAACGCGGAGCACCUCCUGCUUGCUCCUUAGACUUCGGGCAAGACCAUCGCCAACCAACAGCUCUUAUCCCCGCUCGCAUCCCGUCUGGGGCACCUUUAUUCUUCUUGCUCUUAGCGCCCUCGACCGACCUAUUUCUCCUUCCGUGUCCCUACGACAUUUCCCCUUUCCAACAUGUCUGAAUCACGGCUUUACUCCUUUUCCCCCGAGACCAAAGAGAAACUUCGCAAGUUCCGCCUGGGGACCUCCCGCGCUAAGGAUCCGCAGGCCAUCAUUUAUGUGAUCGAUAAUAAGAGCCAAGAGAUCCGGCCAGAGGAUGGCGAGGUUUAUUCCAAGAUGGAGGAUUUAGCCGACGAGCUUCCUGAAUCGUCCCCUCGGUUUAUCCUCCUCAGCUACCCCCUUACCUUGGCGUCCGGUCGCCUCACCGUUCCUUACGUCCUCCUUUACUACCUCCCCGAGAACUGCAACCCGUCGAUGCGCAUGAUGUAUGCAGGAGCGGUCGAGUUGAUGCGCAACACAGCGGAGGUCAACCGCGUCAUUGAAGUGUACGAAGAUGAGGACAUAAUCUCUAUUGAAUCGAAGCUGCAAAGCGAGGACUAGGCUCGGAGAAGCCUCCAGGGACAGAUGGAUGGUUGACCACGUUCAGGUCUAUAUAUAGGCCUUUCACGCCAGAUGCAUUCUAAUGACGGUGCUGGCAUUGUAUACAUGCUUAAUUAGAUCGAAAUUCCAUACGUUCAUACGUUUCA